AUGGUAACGAUUGAUCCAGCUCAGGUUAAUGGAAUCUGGAAUAACCAGAGGAGAGAAAAUCCUUAUGGAAAUACGUACAAUCCGAGCUGGAGGAAUCAUCCUGGUCUAUCCUAUAAAAAUGGGCCCCAACAUAAUAAUACGAAUUUCCAACAAGCCCAACCUAGUCAGAAGGCCACAUGGGAAGUUGCAUUCGAAAAGAUGGCCCAGUCUCAAACAAAUUUCGCAGAAGAAACGAGAGCAUCUUUAAAGAAUCAAGAAGCUUCCAUAAAGAAUCUGGAAAUUCAGUUUGGUCAGCUUGCCAAACAGAUGGCUGAGAGGCCUCCAGAAACCUUUCCUAGUAAUACAAUUGUUAAUCCCAAGGAACAAUGUAAUGCCAUCAUUACAAGGGAAAGUGUGGAAAUACCAAUAGCUGCACCGAGUAGUGAAAAAGAUGCAGAGAAGGAAAAUCCAACUGAAGAAAAAGUUGAUGAUCAUGUCGAUAGAGAUGUCACAAUUAUUGGAGGACCAUUAAAUGACACCCCACGUAAAAAAGUAAUAAAGAAGCCUUCUUUAGAAGAAAGAAUGAAAGGGUUGGGGGAUAACCCGUAUGUUAAGGCUCCUUAUCCUCAAAGGUUACAGCAGCACGAGCAGAAGAAAAAUUUCUCUAAAUUCUUAGAGAUUUUUAAGAAGUUGCACAUCAAUAUCCCUUUUGCAGAAGCUUUAGAGAAAAUGCCAUCAUAUGCUAAGUUUCUAAAAGAGAUCCUAACCAAGAAACGGAAGCUCACAGUAAAAGGAUCCACUAUUUUGACAGAGGACUGUGGUGCAAUCACGCAGAAGAGUGCCAGCAUCAACAUAAUACCAUUAUCUAUGAUGAAGAAGCUGGGAAUCACAGAAGUGAAGCCGAUCAAUAUGAUUCUACAACUAGCUGACUGCUCCACCAAGCAAGCAUAUGGAGUAAUAGAGGACAUACUUGUUAAGGUGGACAAGUUCAUCUUCCCGAUGGACUUUGUUAUCUUGGAUAUAGAGGAGGACACUAUUGUUCCCAUGAUCUUUGGUAGACCUUUCUUAGCGACCUUUGGAGCUCUAAUUGAUGUGCCUAAGGGUGAAUUAAUCUUAAGGGUGGAAGGAGAAAGGGCUAUUCUCAAAAUGUCUGAAAAAAACUCCACCACCUACAACUCAGCCAGAGAAAAUUUUCUUUAUUGA